AUAUUUUCCUUAAUGAUCUCCUGCAUAGUUUCUGAUGAAGAACAAUCAGUAGUAUAUGUUCCAGGAGUUACUGCAGAAAGAACUAUCCGGUCAAGACACAAGUUGAGUCCAAAAGCUGCUGCUAAACCUAGGAUUUCCAGAGUGGCUGCUCCUUCAGCCUCCAUGGAGUCUUUAAAAGGUGCAGGAGAUUCAGCAAGUGAACAGAAUCUCGCCAAGGGCGGAAUAAAGAGUGCAUCACUGAAGGAUUUAUGUCUUGAAGACAAAAGACGCAUUGCAAACUUAAUCAAAGAACUGGCCAGAGUAAGUGAGGAAAAAGAAGUGACAGAAGAGCGACUCAAAUCUGAACAAGAAUCAUUCGAGAAGAAGAUCAGACAGUUGGAAGAACAGAAUGAACUUAUCAUCAAAGAAAGGGAAGCUCUUCAGCUACAGUAUAGAGAAUGUCAAGAACUUUUAAGCCUCUAUCAGAAAUAUCUGUCAGAACAGCAGGAGAAGCUCACGAUGUCUCUCUCAGAUCUUGGUGCUGUGAAAGUGCAGCAGCAACAGGUGCCCGACAGAAAGAAUGCUCUCCGACCUUCAUCGAUGGAACUGGAUGGGUCCUACCUGAGUGUAGCCAAACCACAAACACAUUACCAGAUCAAGCAAAGAUCUAAGUCUGCAAACCAAGACUUAACUUCAGAAUCCCUUGUGGAGGUCAGGAAUAAUUCUUUGAAACCAGUAACCCCUUUGCAUCCCAUUGAAGGUUUAGACAGGGUACCAUCGGAGAACAGAACGUGUGAUUAUUCAUCUCCAGGGAGAAAAAUAGUGGAUGUAGUCCCUACAGAGAAAGCUCUAUCAGAAGAGUUGAAGGUGAAAGUAUAUCCAAACCUAAAGUCUCCAUCUAGUCAAUGUUGUGGUCACAAACUUUCUGCAAAUGUAGAUCAUGUACAUAAAAGCCAUCCUACAGGCAUGUCACCUCAGUGUACCAGGACGCAUCUCGAAUCAUGCAAUUACUGUGGGCUUUCCUGGGCAUCGCAGAUGCAUGGCCGAGUGGCACUGCAUCCCAGUGAAACUGAUUUCAAAAAGCAGCUUUCAGAAGAUAGAAGGCAGCAGCUUAUGCUUCAAAAAAUGGAGCUAGAACUUGAAAAAGAGCGCCUUCAGCAUCUGUUGGCCCAACAGGAGACAAAACUUCUCCUAAAACAGCAACAACUUCACCAAUCCCGAUUGGAUUACAAUUGUUUAUUGAAAUCAAAACGUGACGGCUGGCUGAUUGGAACUUCACCAUCAAUCAAAAAGUUCCCAGAAUCUGCUAGCAGUGGAGAAAGUAGAAGGGGAAAGAAAACAGUGGAUUUUCGGUCAGAGAUGGAUGAUGAUGCCCUGCGGACUUGUCAAAAGAAGGAUACAGGUAGAGCGCAAAGAGGUGCAAUGACAGGAGUUAGAAAAGAUGCAUCCACAUCUCCUAUAACAACAGGAAGCCAGGAGCCUGUCCCUGCAGCCACAUCUUCGUUCCAACACAACAUGUCCCGGUAUGAGCCAUCACUGUUGGAUCUGGUUCAAUCUCUGAGUCCACAGUCUGCUCCCAAACCCCAGUCACAUCUAUCCAGAGAAGCCGGUGCCUGUACUUCCCGAGUCACUCCUCGUAAACAGACGUGGAACAAGAUGGGGGCAGUGAGGAGCCCCGAAGACUUGGAAGAGAACCAGAUUCUGAAAGAUAUAUUUUUCAUUUGA